AUGUCAAUUCAAAGUUGGUACUGGAAACAACUUUGUAAGGUGAAGGACAGGUUCGGAGCUGGGUACAGUCUUGAUAGGUGGAGCUUUGACAUUAAGGGAUACACUGCUUCCAGUGGCUAUUAUUGGCUAAGAGGGGAGCAACAACAGGUACAGUGGGCUUCAUGGGUGUGGAACAGAUUGAAUAUUCCAAAGUGCAGCUUUAUUGUGUGGAUGGCUAUGUGGAGAAGGUUGCAGACUAAGGACAGGCUAGUUAGAUUUGGAAUGUGUGAAGAUGAUACUUGUCCAGUUUGUGGUACCAGUGCUGAGACUAUUGACCAUAUUUUCUUUACUUGCCCUUAUAGCCAGAUAUGUGUGCAGGAACUAGGCAGAGCGUUGCAUCUCCCUCUGCUCUUCAAUGAUUUAGAUGCAGCUUGCAGGCAGAUCCCGAAGCUGAGUGCUGGGAGGUUUAAGAAUCAAGUGUUCCAGAGCUGUGUGGUUGCCAUGAUGUAUUGUAUUUGGAGACAGAGGAAUGAAGCAGUCUGGAAUAAGACUAUAAAGCAUCCUAGGGCAUUAGUGAGGCAGGUUAAGCACAUGUGUUUCUGGAGAAUCACUUCUAUUAUGCCACAGAGAAUUAAGAGUCAUGAGCGAGAGUGGUUUGUACGACUACUAUCUUGA